CCAAUUUUGCCCAGGGCCCGAUUCUCGCGCUCCCGCCCGACAGGCUCCCGCCGUAGUUCGAUCAUUCGCUGCCAUGCGCGCGGACAGGAGCCCGUUCUUGCCGCUCCAGCUCCCUCUCGAAAGCGACUGCGAGCCAGGAGAGGUCGCCCCCGCGCGGGCCCUGCGCGCGCCGCACGCGCAGCGCGCUCGGGCCGCGGCGGCAGCGCUGUCGGCGGCUGCGGCGGCGCUGGCUCUGCUGGCUGUGGCUUGGCGCGCGGGGCCCUCCACGGGGGCCGCGACUCUUGCCUCGCCUGAGGCUAUCAUUGUUGAGGCCGCCAGCGCGGAUGCCAACGAAUCAGCGGAUCCUGACGAGAGCGACCCGUGCUCGCAGACCGGGGCGUCUUGCGCAGUUUCCAAGUGCUGCUCUGAGCCAGGCUCGAAGUGCUACAAGAAGAACGACUACUGGUUCGCGUGCAACCAAACCUGCAACCCAUACUACAUGUGGAAGGACGGCGGCUGGGCCAAGACAAACGAGACAGUCUGGGAUUGCGAGGAGAUCCGGCCGCCUUGCACGCCUAACGGAGAGUCUUGCGCACUUUCCAAGUGCUGCUCUGAGCCAGGCAUGAAGUGCUACAAGAAGAACGAGUAUUGGAGCUCGUGCAAUCAAACUUGCAACCCAAACUACUUGUGGAUGGAGACCGGCUGGGUCAAGACGGACGACACACACUGGGACUGCGAGGACCUCACCGUGAGUCCUGUCGAAUCAGCAGAUCCCAUCGCUGAUGCAGAAGCCGAGGACCCCGGCUCGAAGUGCUACAAGAGAAAAAUGACCAUUGGAGUUCGUGCAACCAAACCUGCAACCCGUACUACAUGUGGAAGGACGGCGGCUGGGUCGAGACGAACGAGACAGUCUGGGACUGCGAGGAGGUUCGGCCGCCGUGCUCGCAAGCCGGGGAGUCUUGCGCACUUACACAGUGUUGUUCUGAGCCAGGCGCAAGUUGCUACAAGAAAAACGACUACUGGUUCGCGUGCAACCUGACUUGCGACCCCAAUUCGAUGUGGAUGGAGGACCGCUGGGUCAAGACGAACGAGACAGUCUGGGACUGCGGGGUCAUCGCUAUCGAAAGUACUGAUAAUGCCACCGAUGCCGCUGAUACCGAUGCUCCGGCAGACUCCGCGAGCAGCUCCGAUGCCUCGACAGCCUCCGCCUGCUCUCAGAACGGGGAGUCUUGCGCACAGACCAUGUGCUGCUCCGAGCCUGGCGCAAAGUGCUACAAGAAGAAUGACCAUUGGAGUUCGUGCAACCAAACUUGCGACCCUUUCAGUUUGUGGGAGGUGGACCGCUGGGUGGUGACGAACGAGACAGUCUGGGACUGCGAGGAGGUUCGGCCGCCGUGCACGCCGAACGGGGCGUCUUGCGCACUUUCCCAGUGCUGCUCUGAGCCAGGCGCGAAGUGCUACAAGAAGAACGAUUACUGGAGCUCGUGCAAUCAAACCUGCAACCCAGACUACUUGUGGAUGGAGACCGGCUGGGUCAAGACGAACGAGACAGUUUGGGACUGCGAGGACCUCACCGUGAGUCCUGUCGAAUCAGCGGAUCCCAUCGCUGAUGCAGAAGCCGAGGACCAGAACAACACGUGUUCACAGAAUGGGGCGUCCUGCGCCUUUUCCCAGUGCUGUGCUGAGCCUGGCUCGAAGUGCUACAAGAAGAACGACUACUGGAGUUCGUGCAACCAAACCUGCAACCCGUACUACAUGUGGAAGGACGGCGGCUGGGUCGAGACGAACGAGACAGUCUGGGACUGCGAGGAGAUCCGGCCGCCGUGCACGCCUAACGGAGAGUCUUGCGCACUUUCCAAGUGCUGCUCUGAGCCAGGCGCGAAGUGCUACAAGAAGAACGAUCAUUGGAGCUCGUGCAAUCAAACUUGCAACCCAAACUAUUUGUGGAUGGAGACCGGCUGGGUCAAGACGAACGAGACAGUUUGGGACUGCGAAGUCAUCACUAUCGAUAGUACCGAUGUUUCGACUGCCUCCGAUACGACUGACUCCGCGAGCAGCUCCGAUGCCUCGACUUCCUCCGUGUGUUCGCCAAACGGGGAGUCUUGUGCACUUACCAAGUGCUGCGCUGAGGCUGGCUCGAAGUGCUACAAGAAAAAUGGCAAUUGGAGUUCGUGCAACCAAUCUUGCGACCCAAACUCCAUGUGGCAGGUGGACCGCUGGGUCACGACGGACGAGGCAGUCUGGGACUGCGAGGAAAUCAGUCUCCCGUGCUCGCCUAACGGGGCGUCUUGCGCACUUUCCCAGUGCUGCUCCGAUCCUGACUCGAAGUGCUACAAGAAGAACGACCAUUGGAUCGCGUGCAACCAGACCUGCGACCCGAACUCCAUGUGGACGGAGGGCGGCUGGGUGGUGACGAACGAGACAGUCUGGGAUUGCGGUGAACACAUUAUCGAUGGUUCUGAAGCCUCGCAGAAUCUCUGGGACUGGUUGCUCAACCUGUUCCGCAGGUAGCAGUUCGCAGUCCCAGUCGUCGUUUCCUCACCUCCCGUCUCGCAUUCCCUCACUUCCCCCUUCAUCUCAUCUUGUCCUUCUCGCGCUCCUCCAUGAAGGGCUGCGCCCAUUUAGGGCGCCAAAGUGCUAAUCAACAGAUCGUUGAUUAGACAGGCCCAGAGGAAGCAUUCCACUCAUCAGGCGUUCUCAGCAUACCAGAAGGGACGGUCAGACAGCGCGUUUUCAAUUUUUUGUGAGUUGCCAUAGGUCUUGAUUGCAUGUCAGGCCGUUGGGCUACUUCUUCACAUCCUGCCAGAGACCCUGGCCUUCAGUUGUGAAGUUUUGAAUUACCUUCGGCUCUGAUAUUUAGCUGUCCGCGGCAAGUGCCGCCACAGUGCCUGCCCAGCAUUCUGGUUGGCGAUUGUUCGAGUGCAUGGGCGGGGGGGGGGGUACAGAGCAGCACAACGUGCAGGCACGGUGGCGGAGCGGAUGCCGCGAUGCCCACCUGAAGGCUUGGCGUGGGCGCCGCUGUUAAGCGAACAGUAGUUCCUUUGCCGCAGGUAAAAAAUGCUUCCCAGUGCGGAC